UUCUUGCAUACAUUCGGGGUCAAUAGUUAAUUUUUGGCUACCACAAGAUAAAAAAUACCAUUUUAGAUUAAAUGCAAUGGAAGUUAACGAAAACAAAUCCAAACUUUCUGAGAAAAUGAAGCGAAUGGCACAUAUUAUGCGUUGUCUUCAGACGCUUACAGAUGAAGAGUUUGAAAUGAUGGUAUACUUAAGCAGUGAAGAAUUGGAUCUGUCGUCUGAUGACCAAAUUACUUUAAAAAAUGGAUCUAAGGUGAAUUUUUGUCAAACACUGGAAAGAAAGGGCUACCUGUCAGAAGAAAAGUUGGAAUUUCUUGUCGAAUUACUUGAAGCGGUGGGUCGGGAAGACCUUAUUGAAAAUAUUGAAACACAUGGAAAUGACAACGGUGCCCCUAUUAACCAGGUGAAAGAGAAUAAAUGUGCUACGAAAAAUCAUCACGAUCAAGAGAUCUAUGUAUGGUGUAGAAGAGAAAACAUUGUUAAGUGUCUAGCCGGGGCGACGGUGAUUGGAGGUACCGUAUUAGUGUGCAGGAAUUUUUCUGAUAAACCCGAGUAUGUUGCACCAUUGAUUAAUAGCGUGGUCCUUCCAGUGGGGACCUUCAUCAAGGAUUUAUUUAAAGGAUCAUCGGUUAUAUUGGUGAUUGAAGCUACAGAUACUGAUACUCUUGAUGAACUAUGGAAAAGAUAUAAGAGCGGUAAACUGGCAAAGGACCUAGAAACGGUACUGAUUGGCGAAGCAAAUCAAGACCCUUCAGGUGAUGUGGAAUUUGAAGUUGAAAUUAGCGAAGAAAAUUACAAAGAUGUUUAUCAUACGUUGUUAAAGAAACAAAAAGCCAAGAUGAACCGUCGCUAUUCUGACCCUACACUGCCAAUAUCGCAAGGUUACCAAGCAUUUGGUAAGUCGCCCUUAAGCAGGAGUGACGACAACUUACAGCGCAGAAAAGAAUACCUCAAGCAAGGAGACCCACCAUCAACCUCCAAAAGAAGGAAUGCAGAUGCUGAAGGAAGCAAAGUAAAUGCUUAUUUCAUCCUUGGAAAACAUUUCCUGUCUUUAGGGCAACACGCCAAAUCCGUUGCCCUUCUUGAAAAGUGCGUAAAGGUGGCGAAAGAUUGUGAUGGUCAAGCUGAAAUGGAGGCUCAUUUGGCGCUAGGUAAAGCUCAGUUCUUAAAUAAUCAAUAUGAAGAUGCUGUCAUCAGUGCACAGAAUUGCAUUAAGAUGGCCAAACAAAAGGAAGACAAAGCUACAGAAGCGCAUGCGUACAAUUUACAGGGAAGCAUUUACUGCUCCUUGGACUAUCAAGAUAAAGCAAAAGAAUGUGCAACCAAAUCUCUUGAUAUAGCAGAACCAUGUGGUUUUCAAGAAGUCGAAGUAGAUGCUUGGUUUAUACUUACAAGUGUUUCUUGCUCCGAGGGUCGCUAUGAUGAUGCAUUUUGUUACAACGAUAGAUGCAUGCAAUAUGCUCAAGCUACAGGUGACAAAUCAAAAGAAACGAGGUGUCACUUACUACGUGGGAGGGCAUUCUAUGAAUCGAGUCAGUACGAGGAGGCCAUCCAUGAAAUCAAGAUAGGUCUUGAAAUGGCAGAAGAGAAAGGUGACAAACAAGCAGAGAUAGAUGGUUGCUUGAUAAUGAUCAUGCUAAAGAAUACUUUGCACCGCUACGACGAAGUUGAAAUACUCAGCAAAAAGUGCGCGGAGUUGGCUAGGCAAAGUGGCAAUACAGCCGCUGAAAUCAAAGCAUACCUGGCCCUCGGAAAGAACUACCAACUCCAAGAGAAAGAGGACAUUGUGCAAAAAUAUUGUGAAAGAUGUCUUCAAGUAACAGAAGCAACGCACGAUGAGCGUUUUAAGAUGCAUGUGUAUCUGUCACUGGCCAAGCUGUACCAGUCAAUAAAUCGUCACAACGAUGGAAUCGUUUGCAGCAAAGCUGCCAAGGAGCUUGCCAAAAGAUGCUGCUCAAUUGAUGUUGAAAUGAAGGCAUUUUUUCUACUUGGCAAAUCACACAUAGAUAUUGACAAAAAUGAAGAGGGCAUAGACUUCCUCACGSAAUGCAUCGAGAUCUCCAAACAAGCACAUAACAAACAGCAAGAGGUAGAAGCAUAUUUAUCAAAAACUAAAGCCUGCUUGAGCCUGAAGAGGUACUCUGAAAUUGUUCAGCACUGUAAAAAAUGUAUUUUAAUGGCAGAGGAAAUUGGCGACAGGAAAUCCUCUACAAAAGCUCAUCUAGCUAUGGCACAUGCAUAUCAUGGAAUGAAGAAAUACAACGAUGCUAUUGAAUGGGGAUUGGAAUGCCUUGAAUUAGCAGAAAAGAGAGGCGACAGAGUAUCACGAAUGAAAGUUUUGUUUUUGAUGUCUGAAGUAUACUACAGAAUGGGGCAGUAUCAUCUAGCUUAUUAUCGUGGUAAAGGUUGCAUUCAGAUGAUUGCUGAUUUAAAGGACUGUCUCACGCUAUUCCAGUCAGACAAAGAGGCAAAGAAAUACAACAUUGCAUAUGUAGUGUACGGCACUGAGAAUUGGCUAGAGACUGUCAAAGACAUUUAUGACAAGGAAAUAGAAUCAAAUGCGUCCGCAGUGCUUACCAAAGCAUACAAAAUCCUGCGGCAAAUUGAAGAAUAAAUGACAUUUGUUUGAACUGAAUGAAUACAUUGAUUCCAGAUAAAUAUCAUUUUAAGGACACACACCGAAAUUACCAUUUGAUGAUUUAGCACGUAUACUACAUGGGAUUCCUGKUCGUUCUGGCUUGGCCAUGACUGGAAUGUCAGCUCUUUCUUUAAUUCCUAAGAAUUACCUGUUAGAAGUUAAGCCGCGUUUCCGAAGAAUUAAUACGAACUACGCAACAAGAUUGACCAAAAGAGGCCAGAACAUUUUUUUUUUACUUUUCUAAUAUCACGCACGUUUGCAUCACUUUUCAAUAUACAUGCACAACAUUAACGCAAUUAAAAGACUUACUUAUAAAAGCGUUCUUGUCAAAACAAGCUGUUCUGUYCAAAUAUGUGCCAUAUCUCAA